CCAAGUGGCUUACGUAUCCUUCAGCCUACGCUGACGUUUCACAGUACCCUGACGUCACCUUUCCCUGUAUGACGUGAUGCAGAGCCUGAGCCAUAGGCCUCUUUGUUCCUCCUGACCUGGGUGUACCGGCAGGAUGGCCUCGCCCCUUAGGGGCAAGUCCUCCGCCCCGCGAGUGGAAAGCACCCGCCACAAGGAGACUGUCCUCGUGGAGACGUCGUCCCACCGCGAGGAAACAUCAUCCCAUCGCGUGGAGACGUCCUCCCGGCAGGUUCGAACGUCUUCCCGGCAGGUGGAGACGUCUCUGCGCCACCGAGAGGGGCCCUCCCUCACCCACUCCACGAAGCGACUCCCCGGAUUCCUCGAGGUGUCCUCCCAGCACGUGGAAACCUCCUCGCAGUGCACAGAAACGUCUUCCAGCCACGUCAGGGCGUCGUCAUCCAUGCGGGUGGAGACGACUGUGCACCGCGUAGAAAGCCCAGCCAGGCGGGACAAGAAAGCUGCUCGCCAGAGUGCCAAAAUGGCCCGAUGAAGUCAUGCCCAAGGGCCCUGGCCCUUAGCCAGGACUGAAGGGCUUCCAAUUGCCUGCCAGCCAGCUUCCAGGAGAGCCAAGCAUCUUUGGUUUCAUGGAAUCAGCCCAUAAAUCAAUGUAAGAAACAGGCUGUGGUUUCGGGCGCUGCCAACAUGUAUUGACAUUGCAGCACCUUAGACCACCCUGCUAUUGACCCAGAGUAUUAACUUGAAGCCAGCACAGAAGGGUUUCAGACUUGCGGUACUGUAUAUACCCGGCCGAUGGACAUAGAGGCUCUUAUGAGUCUCUGCACCAGGACAGAAGACUGCAAACGACCCUGAUUAAGCAGGACUCCUUUAGUAUCUGGAAGACUGGCUGAAUGUGACCUGGAAAAGCCAGACACCUGACUUCUAUCUAGAUCACUGAUGCUCCGGGAAAGGCACAGGAUCCUGGUAGAUUCUCUGUUGUCCGUCUCUUAAAAGAAAUUUUUAUCUAGGUUUCUUCCUCCACAUUCCACUUAUUCAUGUUUCAAAGCUGGAAUGGAAAGAGAGAUACAUAGAGCAAGAAGGUGCCAAAGAAGUAAUAGAUAAGUCCAUAUUUGCCAUAAUACUAUAUUAUACAUUCCACAACUUCAAAAUGACACUGUGUGCUGAAGGUAAUUGUUAAUGUACCUGUUGUACUUUGUAAAUGCGUGUUAGCAUUAGGCCAUGCUGUGUGUCGUCUUCACAUUGUUCUCUACAGGAAAUAGUGCUGCUGUACCUGGCACAUGUCAUACAACGUUAAAGACAACAAGUGCAACAAUAAUGAACGAAGAGCAGUAGUCUCCAUUUGCAAUCAAGAAAGCCUUUGGUGGCACAAUCUAAAAACUGGGUUUAUUAUGCUAGGUAAUAGUUGUAUACAACUUGCCUUCAGUUGUACCAGUCAGGUUAGUUUGAAAAACUAAAUAAAUGCAUAUUCUUGGAAAGAA